GGUCAACCAAGCCGGCUGGCGUUUGAAAAUGAAUGAUAUGCUGCUGGAGUUGUAGAAAAAGUGGGCUGUCGGCGUGUUUGUGUACGAGUGUUUAGGACCAGACCGCAUUUACAGAAAGGGAAAAGUGGACCAUUCCAGGGAAAACCUGAAAUACAAACCGGGGGAAAAAAAUAUUUCCUACAAUGCAAUUGACAGUGUGUGAGCCCCCCGCCAUGUCCGAAGCCGUGUCGGAGCCUCACAGAGCAGGCGGUUUCCUGGAGUCCUCCUGCGCAGCUUCCCUCGAGGACGGCAUAAUGGAUACAGCAAAUGAAUCUUCAGAGGAAGAGUCCACAGGGGAAAGGGAAGAGGAAAUUGGUGCACAUGAUCAAACCACCAGCAGCACCAAGACGACAGAGGUCCCUGCUGGACAGACGUCAAACACACAAACAGUGAGUGCCCAGCGACCAAACUCCCUACAGGUGCAAGCAGCAGGAGAGCCUGGCCUAUGGACAUCACAGGGUGACGCUGAGGUGAAACUCAGGAUGGGGGAGUCUGGCCUGGCUGCUGAGACCCCUCUGACCGUCAACCAGAUGUUCAACUCAGCUGUGGAGCGCUUUGGUGACUAUAUGGCUCUGAGCUGGAAAGAGGGCGAGCAGCAGAAGAGCCUGAACUACAAGGAAUACUAUCAGACGUGCCGUACUGCUGCCAAGAGCUUUCUUAAGCUGGGUUUGCAGCGCUACCACGGUGUCGGAAUCCUCGGCUUCAACUCGGCUGAGUGGUUCAUCUCUGACAUCGCAGCUAUUUUGGCAGGGGGCUUUGCUGUUGGCAUCUACACCACCAACUCUCCAGAGGCAUGCCAGUAUGUAGCAGAAAACUGCAAGGCCAAUAUCAUAGUGGUGGAGAACCAGAAACAGCUGCAGAAGAUCCUUCAGGUUGAAGACAAGCUGCCACACUUGAAAGCCAUUAUCCAGUACAAAGAUGCACUUAAAGAGAAGAGACCAAAUCUGUACACAUGGGCGGAGUUCAUGGAGCUCGGCCGGGAUGAGCCUGACACUCCCCUCGAUGCGAUCAUCUCCAGCCAGAAGCCCAACCAGUGCUGCACCCUCAUCUACACCUCAGGCACCACCGGCCAGCCCAAAGGAGUCAUGCUGAGCCACGAUAAUAUAACCUGGACCGCGCUCUCCACCUGCCGUCAUGUGCGUCUGACGGACGCCACCGUGUCUCAGGAGGCGGUGGUCAGCUACCUGCCGCUCAGCCACAUCGCUGCUCAGAUGGUCGACAUCUGGGUCACCAUGAGGGUUGGGGGGGCGACAUAUUUUGCUCAGCCAGAUGCACUAAAGGGCUCUCUGGUAAACACUUUGAAGGAAGUGCGCCCAACAGCCUUCAUGGGCGUCCCACGUGUCUGGGAGAAGAUGCAGGAGAAGAUGAAGUCUGUGGGAGCCAAGUCCUCCGCUGUGCGCAGGAAAAUUGCUGUCUGGGCAAAAGAUGUCGGCCUGCAGACGAAUCUGACCAAGAUGAAUCAAAGCGUAGCAACUGGCCGCACACCGCUCAGCUAUAAAUUAGCUAAAAAGAUUGUGUUCAAAAAGGUGCGUAAGGCUCUGGGCCUGGAUCGCUGCACUAAGUGCUACACGGGAGCCGCUCCCAUCACCAAAGACACCCUGGAGUUCUUCCUCAGUCUGGACAUCCCUCUGUACGAGCUGUACGGCAUGAGUGAGAGCACCGGGCCUCACACCAUCUCCAUCCCUGAAGCCUUCAAGCUCACCAGCUGUGGGAAAGAGAUCCCGGGGUGCAAGACGAAGCUGCACAACCCAGACGAGGAGGGGAACGGAGAGAUCUGCUUCUGGGGCCGUCAUGUCUUCAUGGGUUACCUCAACAUGGCCGACAAGACGGAGGAGGCUCUUGAUGCAGAGGGCUGGCUGCACUCGGGUGACCUGGGCAAACACGACGAGAAUGGAUUCCUCUUCAUCACUGGAAGAAUCAAAGAGCUGAUCAUCACAGCAGGCGGCGAGAACAUCCCUCCGGUUCCUACCGAGGAUGCGGUGAAGGAGGCUGUGCCGCUGAUUAGUAACGCCAUGCUGAUUGGAGACAAGAAGAAGUUUCUGUCUAUGCUGCUCACCAUUAAGUGCCAGGUAAACGCAGACUCAGGGGAACCAGAGGACGAGCUGACUCCUGAAGCUGUAGAGCUCUGCAGGAGGCUGGGCAGCAACGCCACGAGAGUCUCUGAGAUCACAGGCGGCCGAGACCGGUUGAUCCAUGCCGCCAUUCAGGAGGGAAUCAACCGAGUCAACGAGAAAGCAUGCUCCAACGCUCAGUGCAUUCAGAAGUGGAUCAUUCUGGAUCGGGAUUUCUCGCUUCCAGGAGGAGAGCUGGGCCCAACCAUGAAGCUGAAGAGGCCGGUGGUGGUGAAGAUGUACAGGGAGCAGAUUGAGAACUUUUACAAGGAGCUAGCAACUCCAACAACCCCCGACAACCAGCUGCCUCCCAAAUAGAGCUGCUCCUCCACCUGCAAGGAGAUCCAUCUUGUCUGAGCCCCCACCUCCUUUAUCCAACCAUUGUUCUCAUGUAAAAAAAAAUGUUUGCCUUAAGUUGUUGUCGUUCUGUCUCUGUUUACAUUUGUGGGUGUACAAAAAAGGUAGCCGGCAUAAGAAGCUAUUGUUAAAUUUCUGAAUGAUUUUGAAGACGGUAUCAAUAAGCUGAAGUCAACUAUUUAUGUGUAUUACUAAGGUGAGCAGUAAUACAGAUUAGAUGGGAUAGUAGCUGCUUUAUGUAGGAAAAUGUUUAUUGCACUGCGAUACUUGAGAUGAAAAGACAGAAUCCCAAAAAAUGAAGUUUAUAUGAUGUUUCUUUAAAAAAAAAAAAAAGUAAUUUUUGUUUCUUAUUUCUUAAUUUAUUUUGGGUUUGCCAAAGUUUACAUGGGCCAAAUGAGCUUCAAAAUACAGCAUUUGUGAUUCAACAAUCAUAUCUAAAUGUUUAUUGGCCUACAUGCACGUGGUGCUUUUUUAUGUGUCUUCAACAUCCGGGUUUCAAAAAUUGUUUAUUUUGUACGUGUUGAAUUUUUCUGCAAAGGAAGCUGCAGUAACAAAAAGUUGUGUUGAAAUCUAUCUAUCUCAGAACUAAGCAUCCAAAUGUUUUUCUUGUGCUGUGAAAACACGUCAUUGAAGCCAUAUCUAUUGCCUUUUGUAAUUGUGACGUCAGACUCUGUUGUUCUGCUUGCUGACUCAAUGCAGAUCAUAACACACCUGCCUGGUCCUGUGGAAAUGUUUUCUAACAGUCCCUCUGUGUGUGGACCUGCUUUGAGUUUUGUGGACCUGCUUUGAGUUUUGUGAAAUAUUGUAAAUAUAAUUUGCCUGCAUCGUCAUCAUCACUUGUUUUUACUUUACAGUAGGUUUUUCAGCAGUUCAGAAUUUGCAUGAAUAGUAUUUUGGACUCAAACACGAAAGAAAUUGCACCUAGACAUAAAUGUACACAAAUUAGAUUAUAUGUAACUUUAUGGCGAGUAUAUCAACCUGUCUGUGCCAUCUCUUAUGUAUCAUCUCACAUAAACAUGUUUUGACCCAGACUACAUAUCUUCAGCCUCUUUGAAGACAUUUCCUACGCCCUUCAAAGCAAAAGACCUUGUAUAUAAAUUAAUUGUGUAUAUAAUAAGCAUAGCAUAGUUAUUUGUAGCACUCGAGUUAAUUAAGGUAAAGAAGGGUUUUGGUUCUCUCAAAGUAAUGAAGUUCAGGGUAUACAAUAAAAUAAGGAAAUGACGGUGAUUCAGUGUGUCUGAUUUACCUGACCCGAAAGAUCUGUUGUUUGUAUCAGGGUUGAAAAAGAUGGAAAUCUGCAUGAAGCUGCAGAAAAAGGAUGCAGGCCUGUUUCUGUCAACAGACAUGUGAAUGUUUGAGUGUGAGAAUAAAAGAUGAUUAAGCUGA